GGUUCUUGUGCCCCGAGCGAGUCACCAGCACCUCCCAGUUUGGUAUCGUCACCAAACUGGCUAAGGGUGUGUUCAGCUGCACUGGACGCCUUGUCCAGAAGGAUGCUGUGAGGGACAGGAUCAAAAGCCUUAGUAAAAUCCAGAAAAACAACAUCCACCCCACCUUCCUGUCAUCUACGAGGCGGGACGAGAGGAUGCUCGGCGGGGCUUUUGGCAUCGGGCUCCUGCUGGCCCUGGCAGGCGGCACAGCCACACAGGGCUGCGUUGCCCCAGCCAAACUGGUCGCUCAGAUGCUGCAGCGCCUGGAGGACUCUGUCCCUGUGAGUGAGCAGCCAAAUCCCAGUGUCCUGCUGGCCAUGAACUUGGCCCGGGCCACCAACAGUGCUGCCCACAAGAUACUGCUCCAGCAGAUACAGGAGGAUGCCGUGAACAGAGCCCAGAAGGACAUGACCUCAGGAGAGGUGGCUCUGUACGUGCUCGCCCUCCUCUCCUCCUGCCAGGACCCCAGGCACGUCCAGGCCCUGGGCCAGACCGUCAACCUGCUCCGCAUCCUGCAGGAAAAAACAGCUGAGGAGAUGGAAAACCUGGAGAAUAAUGGCGUCCCAAAGACCACCCUGUACAGCGUGAGCCUGGACGCCCUGGCCCUGUGUCUGGAGCAGGUAGACGGCUACCAAAAAGCAUCCACGGUCCUGGCCAAGGAGCUGCUGAGCCCUGAGAGCCACCUUUCUGUGGACACCCGUGCCGUGGCGGUGCUGGCACUGGCGUGCAUGCACAACCGGACAAACAACCACGACAUGAAGCACCUGCUCCAGGAUGCGUUGCGGAAGGUGACCAACGACUUCCUUGACGAGCAGGAGAUGAAGAAUGGCAUGAUCGGGAACAUCUACAGCAUGGGGCUGGCCCUGCAGGCACUGGAGGCCACGAGCAAGUUUUACGCCCCGCGGAAAUGGGACUGCGCCCAGGCCUUCUCCAAGGUGUAUGGCCAUGACUACCGCCAGCCCAUGGCCAUCGCCCAGGUCCUGCCUGCCCUUGUGGGCAGAUCCUACCUGGAAGCAGCUCACGUGGACUGUGUCAGCGCCAGCAUGUCCCCAAGCCUACAAAUGUCCCCGUCCUCAACGUCGGAAACAAGCGGGGCUUCCAAAGCCCUCAUCACAGUGCAGUACUCCAUCACCAACAAGCUGCAGGGAAGGCACUUCAGCUACACCACCUCGGUGCAGGUCCCGGAUGGCUCCACGCUGCUCAAGGUGAUGCAGGUGGCAGAGGAGGACAAACCCAAGAUCUUUAG